AAUGGUAUGAAAAGUCGAGCCAGGGCGGCGUACCGCAAAGUAGUUAAACCGAUCGUCCUCUCUGGCCUACCUAUUCCACCACUUGACGAAGUGAAGAUGACUAACGUGAACUACCGGAAAGUGUUAUAUUUGAUCGGAGUUCCUGAGGUACGUAAUAGUUGUGCCUGUUGUGUGUUCAUGUAGCACAACAAUGUUUCACCUAUCAAACAAAUUGUCAUCUCAAUUGCAGAUUGAUGAUAAUGGGGGAGAUGUGCCUGUAGUUUCUUUCAGCAACAGUGACUAUAUGUCGUGUUUGCAGAUUUGUGAUGCAGCUCUCAAUAUCAUAAAUGUUGAUGCUAGAUGGCGUGGGUCUGUGACUGACAACUUGAUUUGGCAGGCAUCACCUGCGCGACAAGUAGUGGAACAAGCUUACUGGAAUGAUAGGUGCUGGUUGCUGGGUGAUAAUGGUUAUUUCACCGCUCCAUGGCUCCAUGUACCAGUCAUAAAUGCACCACCUGGAACACCAGAAUUUAUUUACACCCAGGUUCACUGCCGUGCCAGAAAUGUUGUUGAGAGGUGUAUCGGUGUCCUUAAGAGUAGGUGGAGGUUGCUUUGUUCUGAUCGUUGUAUAAAUUACAAAGAUGCAGCAUAUGCAGGCCAAAUGAUAAAUGCCUGCUGCGUUUUGCACAACUUUUGUAAUGAGAACAGGGUUGAUCCACCCGCUCCUUUAAUAGAAAAUAAUGUUGAUCAUGGGGCUGAAGUAGAACCACCACCUGAAAUGCCCUUCGAUGUUUAUCGGCUAGGUCAGCAAGAACAGCAAUUUUAAAUAAAUUUUGCCAAUCAAAGACAUGCUCAUAACAAUAUUGUUAAUGCUUUGUAUGAAGUGUGUUGUGUAGAAAAUGGUUGCCCAAUUUGUGAAAACAUGUAAAUUUGAUUUUAUCCUGUUAAAUGUAACUCAUG